AUGGAUCGUCAUUGGAUAAAUAUACCAAAUAAACUUUCAGCAGAAUAUGCUGCUGGAAUGAAUGAAUUCAUUAGUGUUGCAAGACACUCCAUGGACUCCAAUGGGAUGGUUCUAUGCCCUUGUUGUCGAUGCGUGAAUAAGAAAUCACAAUACAUGCAUGUGAUAAAGUUGCACUUGAUCACUCAUGGAUUUCUUAGUACUUACACAAGGUGGUAUCACCAUGGUGAGCAAGUAGAGGAAGUAGAAGAUGAUGGAUUAUUUGAUACCAAGGAUAAUGUCGAAGAUUCGGAUCAGAGUGAUGAUUUGGCGGCAGGUCUUCAUGAUGCUAUUGGUAGUAAGUAUUUUGACAUUGGUCCAACUAGUGACUUCAAUGAUGAAUCUCCACUUAAUGUGGAUGACAAGUAUGAUGCAUUGUUUGAGUCACUUCAUAAGCCUUUGUACAAUAACUGUAAAGGUUUCUCUGUCUUAAGCGCGAUGGUGAAGUUGAUGAAUCUCAAAGUGCUUAACAAAUGGACAGAUAAAUCAUUCGACCGUCUUUUGGAGUGUUUGAGAGAGAUAUUGCCCGAGGGUAAUCAGUGCCCAGUGAAUUAUUACCAGACGAGGAAGCUUCUUUGUGAGGUGGGCUUAGGCUAUGAGCAAAUUGAUGUUUGUCAAUACGAUUGUGCAUUGUUUUAUGGUGAGAAUGCAAAUGCAGUGUCAUGUCCGGUAUGGUUCCCAAUCAAGGCACGACUUAAGAGAAUGUUUAGUUCGAAGCACACUUCUAAAGAUAUGCGAUGGCAUAAAGAGGUACGGAAAAAUGAAGCCGGGAUUUUACGUCAUCCUGCUGAUGGGGAUGCUUGGAAGCAUUUCGACAAUGUGUAUCCUGACUUUGCAGCUGAUUCUAGGAGUGUACGAAUGGGCCCUAAAUCUCCUGGAAAAUAUUAUGAUGUGUUCUUGAUGCCAUUAAUUGAAGAGCUUAAAGAGUUAUGGGAUGGAGUCAAUGCAUAUGAUUUGUAUGGUCAAUGCAUGUUUAAACUUCGAGCUGCAGUCUUGUGGACAAUUAGUGAUUUUCCUGCUUAUGCAUACUUGUCUGGGUGGAGCACUGCUGGUAAAUUAGCAUGUCCUGUUUGUCUUGAAGAUACAAGAUCUAGAAGAAUAACUGACAAACAAUGUUUCAUGGGACAUCGAUGUUAUUUGAAAAGAAACCAUGCUUGGAGAAAAAGUAAAGAAUAUGAUGGAUCUACUGAAUUACGUGGCCCUCCUAGAACUUUUACUGGUGACGACAUUUUAAAGAAAUUAGAUGAAAUUCCUAUUCAUACCCCUGGUAAAGCAUCAAGUAAUUCUUCUAGAAAACGUAAGCGUGGAGAGAAAGAGCUGAAUUGGUGUAAAAGAAGUGUUUUGUUUGAAUUGCCAUACUGGUCAAAGCUCUUGUUGCGUCACAAUCUUGAUGUGAUGCAUAUAGAGAAAAAUGUAUGUGAUAACAUUAUUGGAACACUUUUAGACAUUGAAGGCAAAACGAAAGACACUUUAAAAGCUCGUAAGGAUUUACAAAAUCUUAAUAUUCGUGAAGAGCUUUGGCUGAAGAAGGACCUAUCUAAUAACAAGCUUGAAAAACCUUAUGCUAGUUACACUUUGACGAGAGAAGAAUGCAAAGAUUUUUGUAAAUUCAUUCAAAGUGUUAGAUUAUCGGAUGGAUAUGCUUCGAAUAUUAGUCGAUCUGUAACAGAUAAUGACAAACUAGGAGGAAUGAAAACUCAUGAUUGUCAUGUUUUACUUCAUAAGAUAUUACCAGCUGCAUUACUUCCUUUUCUGACAAACAACAUUCGUGGUACUUUGAUUGAACUUUGCCAAUUCUUUCAAAAAAAUUGUGCAAAAACAUUACAAAUUUCUGACAUAGAAGAAUUGAGAGAUGGAAUUGUAAUAAUUUUGUGUAAGUUGGAAAAGAUAUUUCCCCCAUCAUUUUUUACCAUAAUGGUUCAUCUUUGUGUUCACCUACCCGAUCAAGUUUUAUUAGGUGGUCCAGUUGCUUCGAGAUGGAUGUUUGGGACAGAGCGCCAUAUGGGUUUGUACAAGAAAUAUGUGAGAAACAUGUCUCGGCCUGAUGGUUCAAUAGCAGAAGCUUUUGUUGUAGAUGAAGCUGUAACUUUCUUGUCAAGAUAUGUUUCUAACAUAGAGACAAGAUUCACAAGACCCGAGCGUAAUUGGGAUAUACCUUCUCCAAAUCAUAAUGAUCAUAUAAAGUUGUUGGAAGAAAAAGGUCUUUCAGAUUCAAAAGUUGCCUUAGAGCACAAAGAACAAUUUCCUUCUUGGUUUAAGAAUAAAGUGUCUCAAAUGCGAGUUCAAAAAUCACCUCUUGCCAAUGAUGAUUUGUACUCUUUAUCUCAAGGUCCACUUGAACGGUACAGCACCUACCAAAGUUGUAUUGUAAAUGGUGUUCGAUUUCGAUGUAAAGAGCGUGACGAUACUCUUAAGACACAAUGUUCUGGAAUUUGCACUGAAGGUGAUCAUGACAAUAUUAAUAUUCUAUACUAUGGUGUCUUGAUUGAGAUUUUGCAGUUGUCAUUCGUUUUAGAUCGGAAGGUGUUCUUAUUUCGCUGCAAGUGGUAUAACUCUAAUCCAAAAGGUAGAUCAAUUGUUGUGGAUCAUAAUUUGACUUCCAUCAAUACAUCUACUGAUUGGUAUUCUAAUGAACCAUUUAUCUUGGCAACUCAAGCACAACAAGUUUUCUAUUUGCUUGAUAUGAAGCGUGGUUCAAAUUGGCGGAUUGUUCAAAAAGUAAAUCAUCGAUCUAUUUAUGACAUUCCUGAAAUUAUAGAAGAGACAGUAAAUAAUGAUGUGUUUCAAGAAGAAGAAUCAUUUCAAUUGCCACCUUUUCAACCAACUGAGGAUUUCAUUGAAAGUUCGUCUUUAGUUCGAUUAGAUGUUCCUUCUGUAACUCUUUCAGACCAACUUGUUGUUGAUUUACUUUUAAACCAAAAUCAAAAUGUUGACAAGGAUAGUGACUUAGAUGAAGAUUUUGAUGAAGGAAAUAUAUUCUCUAAUAAUGAAACAUUUCUCUCAAGUGAUGACACAAAAAGUUAUACAGAAUCAGAAUGUGAUGAUGAUAUUCUUAAUUCAUAG